CACACACUCUGCAUCCCUUCUUCUUCUGAUCUGCUUUGUCUUCUAGCAAAAGCCCUCGUUGCAAGGGGGAAGCGGAAAGGGUGGGGGAACCAUGAGCACGGGAACGAGCACCUUCGUCAUCAGGUGGAUCAACUUUUUCUCCAUGAUACUAGCAAUAGCAGUUAUUUGCUUUGGGAUAUGGAUGAGCAUCCACCAUGAUGAGUGCCGAAAGUCCUUGACCAUCCCUGUCAUGGGUCUCGGUGCAUUGAUUCUUUUAGUAUCCUUGAUAGGUUUCCUGGGUGCUUGGAAAAAUGUUGCAGUUCUGCUGUGGGUGUAUCUUGUCAUGUUGUGCUUGAUUUUGAUUGCAAUUAUGGUCUUCACCGUGCUGGCGUUCAUCAUAACAAAUAGUGGUUCAGGUCAUGCUGUAGCUGGUCUGAGGUACAAGGAGUAUCAUCUUCAAGAUUAUAGUUCUUGGUUCUUCAAGCAGCUCAACAAUACCAAAAACUGGAGACACUUGAAAAGUUGCCUUGUCAAGUCUGAGGAUUGCAAUAGUUUGCCAAAAAACUACAAGACUCUGAAGGAGUAUAAACUGGCACAACUUAGCCCCAUCGAGGCUGGCUGCUGUAGGCCACCAUCAGAGUGUGGAUAUCCUGCCGUAAACGCCUCCUAUUAUGACCUGACCUAUCAUCCUGUUAGCACAAACAAGGACUGCAAACUUUAUAAAAAUUCAAGAAGUAUCAAGUGUUAUGACUGUGACUCUUGCAAGGCUGGAGUUGCUCAAUACAUGAAGACAGAAUGGAGAGUGGUUGCAAUUUUUAACCUGAUUCUUUUUGUUGUAUUGUUGAUCAGGCCAUUGCAUGUAGUCAUCCAGAAGGGCCGACAUCGCAAAGAAGAAACUGAGAUGUGGAUUGUGAUGACUAUUUGAUCCAUUAAGGUUUGAUUCGUUCUUUGACGAUGAUGUGCGACAAAACUCGACUGUGAAGUGUGAACAGCACAGAGAGAUUUAGUCUCGACUAACUAACGGUGAGAUUGUUUCCGUCACUCCAACACUGAUCAUCCAAGUAGCAAACAAGCAGAGCUGAUGAUCUGUUUAACAAAUUCGGAAAGUUUAUUAUCUGUUAUUUGGAUACAUUAUCUAUCAUUUCUUUUUUC